AUGGCACUCACAUUUGCUCUGUUCUCUUCUCUGCUCGUGACGGCAUCUGCCCUCAUUGCCCCUCGUGCCACCACCAGCUUGGAUGCCUGGCUGGCCUCGGAGACAGCUGUUGCACUCCAAGGAAUUCAGUAUAAUAUCGGGAGUUCCGGUGCCUAUGCUGAAAGCGCAAGUAGCGGAAUUGUCAUCGCCAGCCCCAGUACUGAUGAUCCGGACUAUUACUAUACUUGGACGCGUGACUCGGCUCUUACGAUGAAGGUGGUAAUUGAUCUCUUUCGUAAUGGUGACUCAAGCCUGCAGGGCAUUAUCGAGGAUUACAUCGACGCGCAGGCCUAUAUUCAGACCGUAUCCAACCCAUCUGGUGACUUGAGCACUGGAGGACUGGGUGAGCCCAAAUUUAACGUUGACAUGACGGCCUUCACUGGCUCCUGGGGUCGGCCACAGCGUGAUGGACCCGCCCUCAGAGCAAUCGCGCUUAUCAACUUUGGAGAGUGGUUAAAUGAUAACGGUUAUGAAACGUAUGCUGCUGAGAUUAUUUGGCCCAUCGUGCGCAACGAUCUCUCAUAUGUCACGCAAUACUGGAACGAAACAGGUUACGACCUUUGGGAGGAGGUUGAUGGGUCAUCCUUUUUCACUAUCAUCAAUCAAUACCGCGCGUUGAUACAGGGAAGUACAUUUGCGAGCGCCGUCGGAUCUUCAUGUCCUUUUUGCGCGUCGCAAGCUCCUGAAAUCCUUUGUUACUUGCAGUCCUUUUGGUUAGGCGAUUAUAUUCUCGCCAAUUUCGAUGAGAGUAGCCGUACUGGAAAAGACUCCAACACUCUUCUGGGUAGUAUCUCCACUUUUGAUCCUGAUGCUGGCUGCGAUGACUCAACAUUCCAGCCAUGUUCAUCUCGCGCCCUUGCCAACCACAAAGUGGUGGUUGACUCUUUCCGCGACAUAUACACCAUCAAUGAUGAUGCUGCCGAGGGUACUGCCUGUGCAGUUGGACGCUAUCCUGAGGACACAUACUAUAACGGCAACCCGUGGUUCCUUUGCACAUUGGCAGCCGCAGAGUUACUAUAUGAUGCAGUCUAUCAGUGGGACAACAAUGGAGAGAUCGUGAUCGAUUCAACCUCGCUAGAUUUCUUCACCGACUUAUACAGCAGCGCUGCCACAGGAACUUACUCGUCCUCAAGCUCCGAGUACACAUCUAUUGUAGAUGCUGUCAAGACGUACGCGGACGGAUUUGUUAGCAUUGUGCAAGAACACGGGUUAACAAAUGGUUCUCUGUCCGAGCAAUUUGAUAAAGCUGAUGGUGACGAGCUGUCUGCUCGCGAUCUGACCUGGUCAUACGCCGCGUUGUUGACCGCUAACAUGCGCCGGAACUCCGUGGUUCCCGCCCUUGGGGUGAAACCACAGCCAGCAGUCACUGCCACUGAUACAGCGUGGCCGACUACAUUCACUGGUGGCAGCAGCGAAACUACUACUGCUUCUUCGUCCGGCACUACCGCCACCGGAAGUUCCACCACCGCCACUACCACCAAGACAACGAGUACCAGCACCACCACAACGUCUUGCACAACCCCUACAACUGUCGCAGUUACAUUCGACCUAAUUGCUACGACGGAGUAUGGUCAGAACAUGUACAUCUCCGGCUCCAUCAGCUCCCUCGGUGACUGGGAUACAAGUGACGCGAUAGCAUUGAGUGCAGCUGACUACACUUCUUCAGAUAAUCUCUGGUUUGUCACUAUUGAUCUGACCGCUGGCGAGUCUUUUGAAUAUAAGUAUAUCCUCGUCGAGAGUGAUGGUACUGUGGUCUGGGCGGAUGGUGAUAACGAAUCAUACACCGUUCCUGCGGUUUGUGGAGAGACAACUGUCACUGUUGAUGAUACUUGGGUUAGCUGA